ACAAGGGAGAUCAAUCUGCUUGUUUGUAACUUGUCAAAACAUCACAGUCCAUAUCGUAGACGUAGCACGUAAGAAGUGUCUCUAUUAACUAAAUUUGGUCGUUUUAUUAAUAUAGUGUUACUCUAAUCAAAAGUGGGUAAUUUCUCGAUCAUACCCAAAAAACAAUCCCUCUUAUAUCCGGAAAAUUAAAAAAAGAGAGGAAUAAAAAGUUUAAAAUAAAAAAAGAUAGUGAAAUAAAUUUGUUAUACCAAGUUACUCACUGAGAGUAACACCACACUGACCAGGGCUAGCAAAGUUACUUGUUGAGAGUAACACCGCUCUGAAAGAGUUAAAAUGAGGAAUGCAGUAUAUAUAUCUCAACACUGAAACAGUAGACUGUAGAUGUCAGCCAACAUCUUUAUCAGCACUGCAAGUGGAAUUCAAAGUCAAAACUUACAAUUGUUGAAAAGACUUACUCCUGGAGAUGUAGUUCAGAUAUCUACAAUAACACACACACACUGGGCCAUUUAUGUUGGUAACGGUAAUGUUAUUCACUGCAGCAUUAAAAGUGGAAAUAUUGAGAUCAAGGAAGAAUUACUUUUGCAGUUGGCUAAAAACCAUUUAAUAAAUGCAGACUAUCAAGCACUUGCUCCAUAUGACACUCGAAAGCAAAACAGAAACAAUGUUGUCAUGAGAGCCAGACGUGAGUUGUAUUAUGGGCCAGGAGAGUGUAGAUUUAAAAAUUGUGAGCAGUUUGUUUUCUGGUGUAGACAUGGCAGAGAGUCACCAUUACAGAAUUUCUAUGACCCCUGGAACCCAAGGCCUGACUAUGACAAACAUAAAUUAUCUGAAUGUAAUAAUUUUAAUGUCAUAAGACAGCUAGAACCUGGUGAUAUUGUCAAGGUCAAGAAAAGUGUGUUCAGUUUUCAUGGUGUUUAUGUUGGUGAUAACAGAAUAGUUUAUGCCAAUGGACCAUUCAAAAGCUUUUGUGUACUAGCUGCUGCAUCAUUAUUUAAAAGUCCUUCUUAUGUGCAAGUGCUUGAAGAAGACAUUUUUAAUUUCGUUCGUGGAAAUGUUGCUGAGAUAGCAAAUGAUCAUGAUACUUAUGUUAGACCAUUAGACAGAGAUGUGAUUGUAAAAAGAGCGCAAGGAAAGAUUGGAGUCAUCCCAUAUCACAGUCUCUAUAAAAAUUGUCAACAUUUUGCAUGCUGGUGUAGAUACGAUUUUGAAAAAAGUUCAAAGACUUGGUACAUUAUUGGUAUUUUGAUCUUAGUAUCUGUCCUUGUUGGAGCGAUUUGGAAUGGUCCAAUUGGUAUGAUCAUUACUACAGCAUUGAUGUUAAUCUACUUACUUCAACAAUACAGAAAUAGACCCUCAAUAGGUUACUAUCACUGAGGUAGAAUCAUGUUAAGAGUGUAAUUAUGAUUUUACAGUAGAAAUCAAUCUAUUAGUAUUAUGAUGUCAAAACAAAAAGUGGGCAUGGGUCUAUUUAACCAAAUUAUAAGGAUUAACAUCUGUUUAAGUAAUCUGUAUAUAAUUUUUACAAUUAAAGAAAGUUUUCUUAAUCUGCUGCUAGCUUAGUUAUUGUUAAUUUGUCAUACAGCAUUCCUAUCAAAUCAAGCAAUCCUUUCAAUUAAAUAAAAUUAUCACAAUAUUAAAAAGAUUUGUUGAGCCCAAAUGAAUUUUGUUUUCUUUAAUGUAUGCUCAUAUGAAAAAAUUGACCAAAUUAUUUUGUACAAGCUUACAAUUAUAUUAGAAUAUUUCUUUUGCUUUAAGUAUGCUAUCACUUCAGGUCCUAAAGGUAAAGUAAAGUUUAUCUUUUAGACCUUGCAAUUUAUAGGGCAGAUGGUGCAAAGGUAAUAUGUUUCUCUGAUCGAUGGUUAAUAAGGGUGUCAUGUGGCCAGCAUAAUGACCAACAGCUUAACUGAGUUGGGUGGCAUACUAAAAAUCCCAAAAUUCAAAAUCCCAUAUGAUUUAAACUGAGGCCAUCUUGGUUCAGAAGCCAAUUGCAUUACCAAUCAUCCACCACCUCCCCAUCUUGACAUGAUUUUAUUAGCCAAGAUUAGUGAACAUUGUUUAAUAUAAGAUUUUAAUUGCCAAGAUUUGUGAACAUUGAUUAAUAUAAGAUUUUGGUUUCUUAUAGUUAUAAUGUUUUUUGUUUGGUGUAAUGCACAAAUUGUAAGACAAAUUUCCAUAUGGACAAUAAAGAUUAUUAUUAUUAUUUUAUUUUUUAGGACUAGUAAACAUUGUUAAAUAUAAGAUUUUAUUUUCCAAGAUUAGUGAACAUUGAUUAAUAUAAGAUUUUAUUUGCCAGGACUAGUGAACUUUUUGUUUAAUAUAAGAUAAAGAUAACAAAGUUCUCACAACUUUCUCUUUUUAUUUUUGUUGCAAAAAUUAAGGCUAUUAAUAUACAAAUGUUAAAUUUUUACAAAUGUUUUACUUCAAUGCAAUUUGUGUGCAAAUGUUUCUUUUUUAUUUGUAUAUACAUGGUCUACCUUUAAACUCACUCAAAACUAAUGCCUUUGGCAUACAGUCAUCUCUUAUACAGAAUAAGUGCUCUACAGCUGUUAAAUAAUAGUGCCUCUGUCCACACCAGUGUUUACUAAAUAUGUUGUUUGUGGUGUAGUCUCGCCAUGAUCUGCCAGUGUUGGAGCAGUAACAAAUAGUUUUAGUUGCUUUCAGUAACUUUCUAAAUAAACAGCUUUUUCUCACUGUCAUUUUGAAGACCUGACAGCAAAUGGUUUCCAAAAGAAAACAAUGACAAUGGACAUACAUUAGAAACAAAAGAGAAAUGCUAUUUCCAAAAAGAAAUAAAGAUGUGGGGAAAUGAACCUAAACCUACACCCUGCAGACAAUAAUUGUGCAGUUGUGCCAAAAUAUGUGGUUAAUAGCUGGGCUUGUCGAUGACUUACUCAAUCUUCAGAAUAAAUAAAUAAGCUAUAUUAUUAUUAUCAUUAUUAUCAUAAGAAUGAUAUUUUUAUCCAAAUGAAGAAUAUUUAUAUAAAAAUGUUAAAUUCAAAAUUUCUUUUGUUUUUAAUUCGUCUCUUUUUAACUUCUUUCUUUUUAAGUGUAUUACAUUGAUUUUUUUUUUAUUGUAAUACAUUAUUGAUAACAUUUUGUGCUUAAAGACAUUAAUUAAUUCAAUUCAUAAAUAACUUUGUCAAUUUAAAAUUAAUUUUGUAUUUCAUUGUUAUUUUAAUUUUUUAAAAUUGUAUCUGUGAUUUACUUUUUGUGAAACAAAUUGUUGUUAGAAACAUAUCCUACUACAUUGCUGUGAUCAAUACUAAUGUGAAUUCUGUUUA